AUGGCGUCUGCAGGCAGCAAGCGGCCCAGCCCGCCCUCUGCUGCUGCUGCUGCUGCUGCAGUAACAGCAGCAGCAGAUCUGGAAUGCACAGACCGAUGCGUUUGCUGCUCCCAUGUCUUCGAUGUUUCUUUUCAUCCAAAAAACCCUAAAGUUGUUGCUGCUGCUUUAUUGAAUGGAGCAGUAGAAGUUCAUUUGCUGCCAGACAAGCUGCUGCUGCAGCAGCACCUGCAGCAGCAGCAGCAGCAGCGCGACCACCAACGCGAUCUCAAGAGGCAGCAGCGGCGCAAGCUCAGGCAGCAGCAGAAGCAGCAGCGAAAACAGCAGCAGCAGCAGCAGCAGCUCGCAGACAGCAGCAGCAGCAGCAGCAGCAGCAGCAGCGAGUCAUCAGACGAAGAGGCCCCCCAGCGCUUCUUAGAGGCCGAUUUGGAGUGUCUAGACACCAGAACGCAAACGCUAAACCCUCACAAGAAGUCUUGCAGAGUUCUUCAUUUUUGGAAAGAAGGAAAUGCUAUUUUAAGUGCAUCUGCGGACGGAAGAUGCUGCAUAUCUGAUAUCAACUCGGGGGUUUGCUCGUGGAGGUCUCUCCAAAGCAGGACUGGCUUCGACGCCCUCACGCCCAUUUGCUGCAGCACUUUUGCUGCUGCUGACGAGACCGGCAAUAUAUCUCUUUGGGACGAACGGCAGAAGAAGCCGACAAAGGUAUUUCCCCCGGAAAUGCCGGGGGUUUCGAGUUUGUGCUAUUCCUCGAAUCUGCUGCUGGCCGCUGGCUGCGGCUACUUGGGUGUUUUCGACUUAAGAAAAAACGUGCUGAAGGCUCGCAGCGAUGAAGUGGAUGCUGACUUCACCAGCGUUCUCAGGGCCAAAGGAGGCUCUAAGGUUUGCUGCGGCUGCGAAGAAGGAGAAAUCUGCAUUUUCAGUUGGGGCGACUUCGGGGACUUCAGAGACAGAAUAACAGAUAUAAGGACGGAAGUUAAUGCCCUAGCGAAAUUUGACGAAGACACUCUUCUUGCGGGCUGCGGCGAUGGAUGUGUACGCGUGGUGCAGCUGCACCCCAAUAGACUAGCAGGAAUUUUGGCGGGGCACGGACGGCACGACAACCCGGUGGAGCGACUGGCCCUAAACAGCGACAAAACCCUGAUAGCAACGGCUGCGCACGACGACCGCAUCCGGAUUCACGACGCGACAAAGGUGGAAUUCAUGAAGACCAAGGUUGUUAGGCGGCUCAAGAAAUCUCAGCAGCCCCGCCACGAUUUGCGGGCCGGCAGUGAUUUCUUUGAGGACUUGUAG